UACUUAACUACCUCGCCGCCGCCUGCAGCUCUGUAACUCUCCCCAUCAACCCUCUAAUCAUGUCCGGAAAAGCCUCUCUGCUCGCCAAGAACCCCGACGACGUCGUGAUCCUCGCGGCCAAGCGCACGCCAAUGUGCAAGGCGACCAAGGGUGCGCUCAAGGACGCGCGGUUCGAAGACAUGCUCGUGGGUGCGCUCAAGGGCGCGGUCGCGGCCGCGCGCAUCGACCCCAAGCUCGUCGAGGACAUCCAGAUCGGCACGGUGCGCACGCCCCGCGGCGGUGCAUCCAUCUCGCGCAUGGCCGCGCUUGCUGCCGGCUUCCCCAUCGAGACCUCCAUCUCCACUGUCAACCGCCAGUGCUCAAGCUCGCUGCAGGCCAUCUGGACGAUCACGAACGAGAUCCGCGCCGGCGACAUUGACAUCGGUAUUGCCGGCGGAUGCGAGAGCAUGACCCACCACUACGCCCGCACUCCCCUUGACCACCCGACGUCGGAGGAGGUCCGCAAGACCAAGCUCGCCGCCGACUGCCUCAUCCCCAUGGGCUUGACAAACGAGAACGUCGUUUCCGACUACGGCCUCACGCGCGAGGAGCAGGACGAGUUCGCUGCCCGCUCGUACCAGAAGGCUGAGGCUGCGCAGAAGAGCGGCCGCUUCGACGGCGAGAUCGUCCCCGUCACCGUCAACGGCAAGACCGUCACCCGUGACGACUGCCCCCGGUAUGGCGUCACCGCCGAGUCGCUCAAGAGCAUCAAGCCCGCCUUCAAGGCGGACGGGACGACGCACGCCGGCAACUCGUCGCAGCUGACGGAUGGCGCCGCUGCCGUGGUCCUCGCGCGCCGCAGCGUGGCGGAGAAGCUCGGCCUGCCCAUCAUCGGCAAGGUCGGCGCUGUUGUCACCGCCGGCGUGCCCCCGCGCGUGAUGGGCAUCGGACCCGCUGUCGCAAUCCCCAAGGUGCUCAAGAAGGUCGGUGUCGAGCUCUCCGACGUCGACAUCUUCGAGAUCAACGAGGCGUUCGCCGGCCAGGCGCUCUACUGCGCCAAGGACCUGGGGUUGGACCAGAAGAAGCUCAACCCCAACGGCGGCGCCAUCGCUCUUGGCCACCCUCUUGGCGCGACCGGCGCGCGCCAGGUUGCCACCGGCAUGAACGAGGCCAAGCGCACAGGCGCAAAGAUCCUCGUCACCUCCAUGUGCGCGGGCACGGGCUUUGGUGUCGCGGGCGUGUUUGUCAACGAGCAAGGGGACGCCAAGCUCUAGUCAUGGCAUUGUAGACUUCAUGUAUCCAGGUAUCAGCAGUG